UAUCCGAAGAUUCGAGAGUAUCAGUGAGUAACUACCAUGUUCAUCGAAGAAGACAUCAUGCUAAGUCGUGGACGUGCUCUAGUCCUUACUGGCAAAUCAUGCAGCCCUUCCAACUCUUCUCCCGCUUCUACCCCGAGUUCGACCACCUGUGGCAGAUCGAGAUGGACACUCGCUUCCUCGGCCACACGGGCAAGAUGCUCAACGCCUACCAGGCGUUUGGCAAGAAAGAACCAUACAAGCAAGCCCGAGAGCGCGCCUCUUGGACCUUCAUGCCUCGCGUACACGGCAACUACAGGAAAUUCUCAAACGGCAUCAACAGAGCGCUGCAGAGCAAUGCCACAACGUGGGGACCCCCCGACACCAGAAUCCCCGGUUUCAAACCCCUCGGACCCACGCCGCCCGUCGCCGACGCCACUCUCGACCACUUCGAAUGGCUGAAAGGCGAGGAAGCGGACCUCCUCCUGCUCGCCCCAGCCUUCGAUCCCGCCCGCGUACAAACACAACCCGACUGGCUCUUCAAAAACUGGAUCAUGGGCUUCGACCGCAGCCUCCCCCGCCUCGCCUCCUUCCCGGCCCAAGCACGCGCUUCGCGCGAACUCCUCGCAGCCGCGCACAUCGGGCAGCGCGACCUGGGCCUCCGACUAGCCGGCGAAGCUACCCUGCCCUCCUUCGCGCUCUGGCACGGCUUCAAAAUCGUGCAGCCGCCCAUACCCAAAUUCACCUUCCCGGAGCGCGACCUGCACGAGCUCAACGAGAUCUACAACGGCGGGAUGCCGAAUGCUUUCCACGAUGGGAUCGCCAGGGGCAAGGACCCGUAUCGCGCCAACGCGCUGCGGUGGUAUUCGCGCCCGCGGACGUGGGAAUGGGGCAGCUCGCUCGUCGAGCCGGUGUGGAUGCACUGGCGGAACUGGGGGCCGAAGAAGAAGCGCGCUUGGGCGGAUGUGUUUGGCCCGGUGCCGAAUGAGCUGCCGGCGUUUUUGCGCAGGAUUGAUGGCGAGGUGUAUGCGCCGAAUUUAAUGCUGCAUCCGCACAAGACGAACGGGAAGCCUGUGGGAGGGGGUUGAUGGUAUGGAGUUCAGCACAUAUAGAGCGCGGUCGCCGGCGACAUAUGCUCUCGGGACUGCUCACGAUACAUUUAGACCAACUUCGACAUGCUAAUUAUACUGUCCCUUCUUCGCCACCAAACUCCAAACCAAACCUCCACACUCCAACCCCGGCCCAAACCUACGC